AACCCAGCGUUAAUCUCAAGGCAGCCAGUUCGCCCGCCCGUCUGUCCAUCCUCGGAGUCAUGGAAAGAGCCAGUCUGAUCCAGAAGGCCAAGUUGGCUGAACAGGCCGAACGCUAUGAGGACAUGGCAACUUUCAUGAAGGGUGCGGUGGAAAAGGGUGAGGAGCUCUCCUGCGAGGAGCGGAACCUGCUCUCCGUGGCCUACAAGAACGUGGUGGGCGGCCAGCGAGCGGCCUGGAGAGUCCUGUCUAGCAUCGAGCAGAAGAGCAACGGAGGCUCAGAAGAGAAGGGCCCCGAGGUGAAAGAGUACCGGGAGAAGGUAGAGACGGAGCUCAGAGUUGAGUGUGACACCAUGCUGGGCCUGCUGGACUCCCACCUCAUCAAAGGGGCUGGGGAGGCAGAGAGUCGCGUCUUCUACCUGAAGAUGAAGGGUGACUACUACCGCUACCUAGCCGAGGUGGCCACUGGUGAUGACAAGAAGCGCAUCAUCGAUAAUGCCCGGUCAGCCUACCAGGAGGCCAUGGACAUCAGCAAGAAGGAGAUGCUGCCCACCAACCCCAUCCGCCUGGCCCUGGCCCUGAACUUUUCCGUCUUCCACUACGAGAUAGCCAACAGCCCCGAAGAGGCCAUCUCACUGGCCAAGACCACCUUCAACGAGGCCAUGGCUGAUCUGCACACCCUCAGCGAGUACUCCUACAAGGACAGCACCCUCAUCAUGCAGCUCCUGAGAGACAACCUGAAGCUGUGGACAGCCGACAGUGGGGAAGAGGGCGGUGAGGCUCCGGAGGAGCCCCAGAGUUGA